UAUAAAACCCAAGCGCAGCCCUUCCUCAUUCUCUUUCAAUCGGAUCGGAGACAAGAUGUCUCACCGUAAGUUUUCGGCUCCACGCCACGGAUCCCUGGGCUUCCUCCCUCGCAAGAGGGCCAGGCGUCACCGUGGAAAGGUGAAGAGCUUCCCCAAGGAUGACCCCAGCAAACCCGUCCACCUCACAGCUUUCCUUGGCUACAAGGCUGGCAUGACUCACAUCGUGCGUGAAGUCGACAGACCUGGCUCAAAGGUCAACAAGAAGGAGGUGGUGGAGGCAGUCACUAUUGUGGAGACUCCCCCCAUGAUGGUGGUCGGAGUUGUGGGAUACGUCAUGACCCCCCGUGGCCUGAGGGCCUUCAAGACCGUCUUCGCUGAGCACGUCAGUGACGAGUGCAAGCGUCGCUUCUACAAGAACUGGUACAAGUCCAAGAAGAAGGCCUUCACCAAGUACUGCAAGAAGUGGCAGGAUGAUGAGGGCAAGAAGCAGCUGGAGAAGGACUUUGCCUCCAUGAAGAAGUACUGCCAGGUCAUCCGUAUCAUGGCCCACACACAGAUGCGUCUGCUGCCCCUCAGGCAGAAGAAGUCCCACCUGAUGGAGAUCCAGCUGAACGGCGGAUCCAUCGGCGAUAAGGUGGACUGGGCCCGCGAGAAGCUGGAGCAGGCUAUCCCCAUCACCAACGUCUUCACUCAGGACGAGAUGAUCGAUGUCAUCGGAGUCACUAAGGGCCACGGUUACAAGGGUGUGACAAGCCGUUGGCACACAAAGAAGCUGCCCCGUAAGACCCAUCGUGGUCUGCGUAAAGUGGCCUGUAUUGGAGCCUGGCAUCCUGCCCGCGUGGCCUUCUCUGUGGCCCGUGCUGGUCAGAAGGGCUACCACCACCGUACCGAAAUCAACAAGAAGAUCUACAAGAUUGGCCAGGGAUACCACACCAAGGAUGGCAAAGUGGUGAAGAACAAUGCCUCCACCGAUUACGACAUUUCCAACAAGAGCAUUACCCCCAUGGGUGGCUUUGUCAGCUACGGUGAGGUGACCAAUGACUUCCUGAUGCUGAAGGGCUGUUGUAUUGGGAUCAAGAAGAGGGUGCUGACUCUGCGCAAGUCUCUGCUUGUGCAGUCCAGCCGUCGUGCUCUGGAGAAGAUCGACCUUAAGUUCAUCGACACCACUUCCAAGUUUGGACACGGUCGCUUCCAGACAGCCGAGGAAAAGAAGGCUUUUAUGGGACCACUCAAGAAGGACCGCCUUGCCAAGGAGGAAACCGCUUGAGAUUCUGGAGUUGGCUGGCUGUAGUUACAUGCACACUGUUCUGCAGCUGUUCAAUAAAAGGAAAAAACCAAA